UCCGUCUCAGGAGUCUCGAGACCCGAUCUCGGGAGCGCACUCUGCAUUCAGCCGGUCACUUCUUUGAUGUUCGCACACAUUCACAGUUGAUGCAUCUUACGUUGGUUGAUCUUCAGUUCAGUGGCGUUCGUGUCGGUGACCAUUUGGGGGGUGUUUGAGUGACCCAACUUGAUACUGAGACUGUUUUUGUGCACCACGCUCUACUGGGAGAACUAUGGAUUAUAGUUUCGCGGACAUCAGAUUAUAAAGCAGCCAUGCAAGGGGUGGUUUUUGCUCCGGAAAAUCCUCAACAAGGCUCGCCACCACCCAGCAACGUUCCAGUUACCGCAAUGGAGGAACCACUCGAAGCCAACCGAACCAAAGAAGCGCUAGACGACCAAAGCAACCGCACCGAUUCGGGAAUCUUCUCGACCACAACCAACACGUCCAUAGAGGCGUGUGAGAGCGACAAUCGCAGCGACAAUCGCAGCGACUGCAGCUCGCCCGAACGGAAAUACGUGUGUCCCAUCUGCGACAAGAUGCUGACGUCGCAGCACAACUUCACGCUGCACAUCCGCUCGCACAACAAUCAGGGGGAGGAUCAGGCCAGCGAAAAGGGCUUCGCCUGCCGCAUCUGCCGCAAGGUGCUGAGCUCCAGCUCGAGCCUGGACCGCCACGUGCUGGUCCAUAGUGGAGAGCGGCCUUUCCAUUGCAAAUUCUGCGGCGACACGUUCACCACCAAUGGAAACAUGCAUCGGCACAUGCGCACCCAUUCGACCAAAGGGGAGAACUACGAGUCGGAUGGGAGCAGCGACAGCGGCAGCUCGAGAAGCAUCGAGUACAACAACAACAAGGUCGAGUCGAAGCCCUGCCAGAAGAGGCGACUGGAGGACGCAGAUAUGGACCAGAAACUGGACGCCAAACGACCGGCCUUGGGCCCGUUUAGGUGUCCAGUCUGUCAAAGAACCGAUUUUAACUCGCCGGGGGUUCUAGAAGCCCACUUGGAGGACAACCAUCCAGAGUACCCAGCAAUCGGCAGCCAGAGAGCGGCCAACAACAAACAAACUCACCCCCUUACCAAAGAAAAGGCGCCCUCCAAGCAGCCGGUGCUCGGGUUCCAAGACCUCACCUUCGUGGACUUCUCCAGCGAGAAGUUCCCCCACAUUGCCAGGCGGGAGUGCGAGCGCAGCCUGCACAAACCUGCAUCGUGUGGGCCGAAGUUCCAAUGCCAGAAGUGCCUCAAAGCCUUCCCCUGUUCCAGCUCGCUGGCCAUUCACGAGAAGAGUUGCCUCGAAGCGUCCCCCGGUCUGAAUUUGAGCGGCCGCAACGGGAUCUGUGAGGACGAUAUCCGCCGAACUGAGUUCUUCUCCCGGCUGAACCUCCAGGACAACGACAAAAUCCCCGAGAAGCUGAUUCCUACCAAUAAGCUGAGGGAGCAGCUGGUCAAGUUCAUGGACAACAAGGACUUGGCUGAUAUCCCAUCGAUUCUGUCCAAUAUUCAAAAGCCCAGCGAGCUGCGACUGCCGCCAACCAAACAUCUCGUCGACCAGGACAACAAGCAGGAGAACGAGGAGGAAUCGCAGGAUUCGUUCGCCAUAGAGUUCCGCAAAAUGAAGCUGCGUGGGGAGUUCCCGUGCCGACUGUGCACGGCGAUUUUCCCCAAUUUGCGCGCCCUCAAAGGCCACAACCGCGCCCAUCUGAGUGGCAACACCAACGGAACGUACUACUGCAACAUGUGCCCUCACUCCUCAAUCGACAAGGCCGCCCUGAUCCGGCACAUGCGGACGCAUAACGGGGAUCGUCCCUAUGAGUGCUCGCUUUGCAACUACGCGUUCACCACCAAAGCGAAUUGUGAGCGCCAUUUGAGGAAUCGACACUCCAAAACAACCAGGGAGGAUGUCAAGAAGUCCAUCAUCUACCACCCGUCAGAGGAUCCCACCAAUGACGAGCUGAACAAGCUGACCGUUAGGGAGGAGGACAGGAAGCACAGCUUCAACUCGUCCAGCGACUUUGAUGGCGCCUCAAUCUCCAAACAUACGCGCAAUCUGAGCCCGGAAAAACUGCACUGUUCCACGCCCAAAAUGCCGCCCAAAGUGAAAACCGACGUCACGUUUCCAACCCCCACCCUGGUUCAUGACAUGCACGCCCUCAAGCCCACUAAGACGUUUGACUUCAAUAGAGGCGCCACCUUUGGGGCUCUGAAUGGGUUGAACGGCGUUCCGCCCUUUUUCGCUCAACCGCUCGACCUCAGCAAGAUCCCCAGCCAGCCGGAAAGCGCAUCGUCCAAGAUCCAGGUGAAGCCCUUUGAGGUGCUCCGAGAGAACAGUAGCUCGUACGAUCAGUAUGAGGAGGAGUACUAUGAGGAGGAGGAGGAGGAGGCGGCGCCCGUUGCAGACGUCGCGCUCGACUUGAGCAAGAAGAAGCUGGAUGAGGACCAGAAGCGCUUGGAGGAGGCGCGGUCGCCUUCGCCAGCAAUGCCCAACAUGGGCGAACUGUUUGCUCAGCACCUAAUCAAAGGGCAUCCGAAAUUCGAUCAUGCUGUGGCGCUGUACGCCACUCAGCUGGCCAACCUCUACAGGAAUGGCUUUCCAGGCUUCCAGCCAUUUCCAGUCAAUCCCCUACUGUUCCAAUCGCUGCCUGUCCUGCAGCACACGCCCCAAGACAUCAAAGAGCGCAUACAGCGGAUUCAGCUCUGCGGAGGCGGUUUGAUCACUGAGGAGUUCAACCACAAACCAUACCCGCCUCACCUGGACAUCCCCAUUCUGAAGUUGGAGGCCAAAUCUUCCACACCCAGCAGUUUCUCUAACGUGGAGGAUGCAGCGAAGCCGCUGUCGAUCAGUGUGGAGAAUGAGAGCGUGCCAAAAAUGCACAGUCCUGGAUUGAAGCCCGAUAUGAUGCAGUCGCCCAACUCGGUCAAAAUGGUCAUUAAGAAUGGAGUGCUCAUGCCCAAGCAGAAGCAGAGAAGGUACCGGACUGAGCGGCCUUUCACUUGCGAGCAUUGCUCGGCUAAGUUCACGCUGCGCUCCAACAUGGAGCGCCACAUCAAGCAGCAACAUCCCCAGUUUUGGUCGCAGAGGCAACGAGGGGCUGUGGGGCACCCGGGCAGGAAGCCUCAAGGCGUCAUGCUCAAGCCCAGCUACGCUGACAUGCCCAGCUAUGACGCCGCAAUGCGCGAGUAUGACGAGAAGGAGCAGAUGAACUUGAAGUUGCGUUACGCCCUGCUGGCGCAGGCCAGCGCCGGCCAAUUCAGCAGCCCAGACGUGAAGAAGGAGGACGACGAGGACUGCGCUUUGGUCAUUGACGAGUAUGAGAGCAAGCCGGAGGAGCCGCGAGCGGACGCUGGAGGAGAACGCGGCGCCAAAAGCGAGGAGGACCUGGUGCCAGUCUCCAGACUCCUAGACAACGCCUCCCAGCAGCAGUUCAAGGAGUACUUCAAGAGGGAGAGUGAGGAGCACGAGCCAGUGAGCGAGGACGACGAGGAGGGCCUGGUGGCCAGUGGGAGCGCGAGUGAGGAGAACGUAUCGGGCACAGAUGAAAAUAGAUCAGAAUCCGAAGCUGUGAACAGCACCACGCCCGUCAAGAAGAAGUCGGCCUACUCCCUAGCCCCAAACAGGGUCAGCUGCCCCUACUGCAACCGAAAGUUCCCCUGGACGUCGUCGCUUCGCCGGCACAUCCUAACCCACACGGGACAGAAGCCCUUCAAGUGCAGCCACUGCCCUCUGCUGUUCACCACCAAAUCGAACUGUGACCGACACUUGCUGCGCAAGCACGGCAACUCAGCGACCACAAUCGUAACCAGCGAAGCUGCCAGCAGCAGCUGCGUCAACUACUUGAUGCGCAAUGUGCCCGAGCGGCCGUUCAAGUGCUCCAACUGCCCCAGCAGCACGUUUUCCACCUACUCGAACCUGAAGAAGCACAUCAGCUGCAAGCAUGCGACCAAUGCGCAGGGGGACGACAUCAAGGCCCAGGGCUACGAGGCCGGAAGCUCGGAGGAUGAGAAGGGCAACCAGUCGGAGUCGAAGAACGACUGGGAGCACCAGAUUGCGUUCAGCAAGUUUGCAGUGAGCGCAGAUGCGCAAUCUGCCGGCUCGCAGGUGCCCAACUCGGAUUUGCCAUUCAAAUGCCACUUGUGCGAAAGUUCAUUUGCCGAUCGGCAACAAGCGUUGGACCACAUUCGCGACAAACAUGCCUCCGAAUACGAUCUGCUCAUGUCGAAGAACGCGUUGGACGCAAGCGCCACCACGCCAGACGACGUGCCGCAUCACGACGAUGAAGAUACCGACAUCAGGGGCAAGUUUCCCGACUAUUCCAACCGGAAAGUGAUUUGCGCAUGGUGCAUGCGCCGGUUCUGGUCGGCCGAGGAUCUGCGCAGACAUAUGCGCACCCACACGGGCGAACGCCCAUUCAGCUGCGACAUUUGCCGGCGCAGAUUCACCCUCAAGCACAGCAUGCUGCGCCAUCGCAAAAAGCACGCGCUUAACAGCAAUUUCGAGCAUAGCGACGAAGAUGGAAACAAUGCUCAGGAGGAACCCGACGCUGCAGCUGCUCAAAAAGCCGAGGAAUCCGAUGCCCAGGAGGGCGAGGGCGAUUUAAUAAGCAAUCUUUUAGGAUUAGGCGACCGGUCCAUUAUCGAUAAGGUGCUCGAUGCUUCAGCCGACGAUGCGGCCAAGCUCUUAGGCGUUAAAAGCCGCGCUAAGUAGGUAAGUGAACAUUGUAAAUUCUCUAGUCAAGUUAUUCCAACGAAUAUUAGGAUUAUCGAACAUUGUAAAUUGUUUUCCUCAAAGAGAAUGAGUAGAGGCUAGUUGAAAUAAAUGUUAAUGGAACGGAUGGUCUAAAACGGUGCGUAAGCGCGCACUUUUGCCAGGAUCUUGGGCACAAAACCGUGUCAAAGUGCUUAGGUAGUCGACCUUUUUACAGUCUCUAAGAAUGCUCUGUUUAGCUGUUCCAAAUCGCAAUUUCGCAAUUUUUAUACCUUUCAAUUGCCUAAAUUCCGGAAUUAGCAUAAAUGUAAAGAUGUGCAAUUUUUUGUACUUUUAAGUUCAAAUAUGAAAAAGUACAGUUUUUGUUGGGCCUCUCAAUAGUCUCCGCAAAAACAAUCAAAAACCAAAGCUUUGCCUGCAAAGAUCCAGAAAUCAAAAUAUAUAUGUAUAAUAAUACAUAUUCUAAAAUCGUCCGGAAAAUUC